AUGAAGGAACAUAAGGAUGAAAUUUAUUAAGGAGGAUUCAAUGCAAAAUAACAAAAACAUGGGCUUGGAAUAUACUUAUGGGAUGUAGGUUCUGCCUAUUAUGGAGAGUGGAAAAACGAUUUGAUUGAUGGAUAGGGAAUCUUGUUCUUAGGUGGAUAGAUCAUCAUUUAAGGAGGUUUCAGUAAAGGAGCUGCACAUGGAUAUAUUGUAAUCAAGGUUGGAACUAGAGUGUUUUAUAGUUAAUUUGAUAAAGGAGAGGCUAUUUUCAUUUAAGAAGGAGAAAAAAAAAUCACUAUACAAUCAUCAAGUGCUUAUAUAACUCAUGAUUGUACACAUGAAGCUGAUUGUAUAUUAUAGGGAAUAAGUAAACUACAAAAAGGAGAUUUAUAAAUAUAGUUGUUUAAUCAUUGUAUCUAUUAUGGAAAUGUUGGAAAGGCAAAUUUACCUAAUGGUUUGGGAAUAGAGAUUUCAAAUUUGUUUUAUUAAUGUGGAUAAUUUGUGGAGGGUAAAUUGAAUGGUUUGGGUCGUUUAGAUUAAUAAGAUGAGAUUUAUUAGGGCUAAUUCCAAAAAGGUAUAUAUCAUGGAAAUGGGUUGAUGGUAUUCAAAGAUUAACGAAUUUAAUGGGUCAAAGGGAUAUAUAAUCAUGGACAGUUAGUGGAGAUUAAGAGCAGUGGUUAUCUAGACUAAAUGGAAACUCCACAAGAAUUAGUUUGUAAUUCAUCAUUAUUAUAUCUUUGUUAGUUAAAUUUUGUAAGAAAGCUAAUUAAUAAUAUAUAGUAACUCCUAUAUCAAAGGAGAUUAUAUUGGGAUAUAUUAGAUUAUUUGAAGUGAUGCAAUUCGUUAGACUUCGAGUGAACACUUUAACUGAAAUCAAGUACUAAUAAUAGCCUUCUGUGAGGAAAUAUAGUACAAAUACCAAUAAUCUAAGUAAAUCUGUAGAAGAAAUAAGGAAAUUGUAAAGUUAAUUUAAUACAAGAAAUCUUGAUUAACAAAAUUAGAUAUAUGAAUUCAUAUUGGAUUAGCACGAUGAAAAUUAGACAUAUAGAAAGACUGAUACUUAAUAAUCAAGAACUAAAACAUAACCUACAGAAGAAUAUUUUGAAAAUAAGAUUUCAUUUGGUUUAUUAGAAAUUCCAAAUCUAAAAAAUUCUAGAAAAACAUUAGGUUAGUAAAAUGAAGAAUAAAAUUUAUAAAUCAAGAAAAAUAAUGA